CAGGCGUCACUGGUUCAGACGCCGCCGAGCCAGAGCGCAGAGCAGAGGAUCACACACGCAUCGAGACGGACGGCUCUCGCUGUCAAGGAUACCUUUCGUUUGUUUUCUUUUUCGGAUGAAUCCAGCGAUAAGCGCUUUUGGAUUUAACGAUGAGGACGGACGUGGGGAAGCUGGUGCUGUUACAUCUGUUAGUGAUGGAGCUUCAUGCCGCUGACGGAUCGCAUAAGGAGUCCCAGUGUGAGGCGGGCCAGUUCCGGUGUCACAACGGGAGGUGCGUCCCGAGUCUCUGGAGGUGCGACGAUGACGACGACUGCUCGGACAACAGCGACGAGGAGAGCUGCCCAAAGAAGACGUGUGCCACCACAGACUUUGCCUGUACGAACGGACAGUGCGUGCCCGCUAGGUGGCGCUGUGACGGGGAACCAGAGUGUGUCGAUGGCUCGGAUGAGGCGGACGCCACCUGCAGUCGCCACACCUGCCCGCCCAAGAAGUUUGACUGCGGUGGCGCCGCUGGCCAGUGUGUGUCGUUGUCGUGGCGAUGCGACGGAGAGAGAGACUGUGAGAACGGGGCCGAUGAGGAGCAGUGUGCUGCAGACACCAAGGCCUGCCCCGCCAAGGACUUCCAGUGCCGCAACGGCAAGUGCGUGGCGCCGGUGUUCGUGUGCGACGGCGACGACGACUGCGGCGACGGCAGCGACGAGCAGAAGUGCUCGCCGACCGCCUGCGGGCCGCACGAGUUCCGCUGCAACGACUCGGAGUGCAUCCCCGCGCUGUGGAGCUGCGACGGCGACAACGACUGCAAGGACCGCUCGGACGAGGCCAUGGAGCGCUGCAGCAGCCGCACGGAGCCCCAGGGGCCCGCCGGGGCCCAGGAGCCCCAGGAGCCCCGCUGCCCGCCCGGGGACUUCCAGUGCGGCAGCGGGGAGUGCAUCCACCUCCACUGGAAGUGCGACGGCGACGCAGACUGCAAGGACAAGUCUGACGAGGCCAGCUGCCCGGUGCUGACAUGUCGGCCGGAUGAGUUCCAGUGUGGCGACGGCUCCUGUGUCCACGGCACCAAGCAGUGCAACCGAGUCCACGACUGUCCGGACUACAGCGACGAGGCGGGCUGCGUCAACACCACCACGUGUGAGCGGCCCAAGAUGUUCCGCUGUGCGAGCAGCGAGUGCAUCGACAGCAGGAAGGUGUGUGACCGCGUGAAGGACUGCAAGGACUGGUCUGAUGAACCCAUCAAGGAGUGUGACGUGAACGAGUGUCUGGAGGACAACGGUGGCUGUUCCCACGUCUGCAGGGACCAGAGGAUUGGCUACGAGUGUGACUGUCCCUCUGGCUACAAACUGCUAGACACCAAGACCUGUGGGGACAUCGAUGAGUGUGAGAACCGGGACGUUUGCAGUCAGAUCUGCAUCAACUACAAGGGGUACUACAAGUGUGAGUGUUACGAAGGCUAUGAAAUGGACCCCGUCUCAAAGACCUGCAAGGCUGUUGGAACCAGUCCGUACCUGAUGUUCACCAACCGCCACGAGAUCCGACGCCUGGACCUGCAGAAGAGCGAGUACACGCAGGUGGUCUCCGCGCUGAAGAACGCCGUGGCCCUGGACGUGGACGUGGCCUCCGGCACCAUGUUCUGGUGUGACCUGUACCAGCGCCGCAUCUACAGCGCCUCCAUCAGCCAGGCCGGCGACCCGUCCCAGCAGCUGACGCUGGUCGACUCCGCCCUCCAGGCCCCCGAGGGGCUGGCCGUCGACUGGGUCCACAGGAACAUCUACUGGACCGACUCGGGGAACAAGAGCAUCUCUGUCGCCACGGCCGACGGUCGGAGGAGGAAGGUGCUCGUCUCCACGGAGCUGAGCGAGCCCAGGAGCAUCGCCGUGGACCCCCGCCACGGCUUCUUGUACUGGUCAGACUGGGGGGAGAAGGCCAAGAUAGAGAAGGCAGGGAUGAACGGAGUGGAUCGGCAGGUUCUGGUCUCAGAGCGCAUCGAGUGGCCCAACGGGAUCACCCUGGAUCUCUCUAACCAGCGCCUCUACUGGGUCGACUCCAAGCUGCACAUGCUGUCCAGUGUGGACCUGAGCGGGGCACGGCGCCAGGUGCUGCUGUCCUCCCAGCAGCACCUCAGACACCCCUUCGCCCUCUCCGUCUUCCAGGACCGGGUGUACUGGACGGACCUGGAGGACCAGGCCAUCUACAGCGCCAACCGGCUGACGGGGCAGGACCUGGCCCGGGUCGCAGAGCACCUGGACAACCCCCUGGACCUGGUGAUCUUCCACCAGCAGAGGCAGCCCCCAGCCCCUGACACCUGCAACACGGGAGGCCUCCCCAACGGGGGCUGUGAGUACCUCUGCCUGAAGGCCCCUCAGAUCACCGAUCACUCACCCAAGUACACCUGCGCCUGUCCCGACGACAUGGAGCUUGGGCCGGACAUGAGGCGCUGCGCAGUAGUAAGGUUGAGGUCAACAACCACCACCGUCGCUUCCACCACCUCUACCGUCGCUACGCCCCCCACCACCACCACCACCACCACCACCACCACCACCACCACCACCAGCACCACCACCGCCAUCACUACCACCACCACCACUCCCCCGAGGACCACCAGCGCCACCACCACCAGAACAGCCAGCACUCCCCCGAGGACCACCACCACCGCCGCCGCCGCCCCGACCACCACCGGCACACCGCCCACCGCUACGCCUCCUAAGACCACUGCUGCCCCUUCAACCACACCAAAGCCCCCCAGCAGGCGCUGGUCCACCACAGCCCCCCCCAGGGGCACCAGCCCCGCUCCCAGGACCACCCCCCCAGCCACCGCGGCCAUCGGCCGGGACCGGACCCAGCUCUCCAUCUCCCCCACCUCCACCUCCACCCCCACCUCCACCCCCACCCCCACCCCCACCUCCACCCCCACCCCCAAGUCAACGUCCACCCGGGCAGGGACCCCGAGGUCCACCUCCACCCAGACGCCCCCCCUGGGCCCAGCGGGGGGGGUCCAGACGGACAGCAACGGCAGUCUCUCCCACAGAGCGGGCAGUGAGCUGGGCCUGCUCGGGAGCCACAUCACCGUGGCCGUGCUGGCCAUCGCCGUUCCUGUCGUGCUCUCCCUGCUGUGCACCAGCGCCUUCCUGCUCUGGAGGAACUGGCGGCGCCGGAACACCAAGAGCAUGAACUUCGACAACCCGGUGUACCGCAAGACGACGGAGGACGACGACGACGAGGUCCACAUCGGGCGCCACUCGGAGUCCGUGGGCCACGUCUACCCCGCCGUGAGUGGCAGCCGCAGCCAGCCAUUCCACGCCCUGCCCCUGGGGGGCGGGCUCACAGACAGCGACUCCCAUUGGUACUCCGGGGCACCCAUGCACCCCAGCGGCAAAUGAGAGGAGAGAGAGGAGGAGCCAAGGGGAGUGGGAGGGAAAGGAGGGGAUGUGGAGGUACAACGAUGGGUGUUGGAGGUUCGGGGGUCACCAUGACCACCCCCCCCUCCCCCUCUGAUCAGCAUACCACAAGCACAUUGACGAACAACACAGCUGCAUCGUUAAGAAUGAAUCAUUGUAUCGAACACUACAGCCCAGUAUUCACGUCAUAACAAACCUCCAUCGUCUCAAUACAUGUCAGUCACAGUUCUUCAUCACCAUAAUCAAGGCAUGGCCUGGCAUGGCACACUGUGAGUACCAGGGUUGGAUCUUCAGCUGAUAGACGCUGAUAGAUGUUUACCAAACCAUACGUUGAAAGUUCAGUCUGCAUUCCCUCCACAUUUUUCAACCAGAAGCGAGAAGUUAUUUUUCCUGCGCUCGGGUUCCAAAGCCCCGCAGUCCCCACGCUCACACAAAAGAGUUUGAUUUAUUGCGGUAGUUCUAUGACUCUAUGUUGUGCGGGUUCAAAUGACUAAUUGUUUCGCUUGUGUCCUUGUUUAGAGUGUGCAUUUGCAUGCACACAUUAGUGGUUUUUGUGAACGCAGGGUUUCGUUGGGUGAGCAAAGUAACGUUCAUUAUCGCUGAGCUAAGGAAAGAGCACAAGCAGAGGAUUGUGGGUUAUUUAGUCACGAUGUGUGUGUGUGUGUGUGUGUGUAUGUGUGCAAACGUAUGUGUGCACAAAGACACACCGGCUGUACCAAGGUGCGACCGUAUCCAUGAUGUCAUUCUGCUGAGGCUUGGAGUGGGGAUUUGGGGGGGGGGGGGGGGGGGUUGAAGGUCUCUCUCUCUCUUAGUUCUUCAGUCAUCUCCUCUUCUGUUGUCAUCCCUCCAUCGUCCCCCGACUGCGUCCUCCCCAACCCCCCCGCUGCUGUCCUUGAAACCUCCAGCGGUAUGGCGUCACCCUGCAGCAACACACGGAGACCCUGUUUGGUAGCUGCAACUCGGCCGGGGGUGCAUCCAGACAGCCUCCCCAGACAGCCAGACAGCUGGGGGGGGGGGGGAGGUGGUUGGCGUUGAAGUUCAUUGUCAGCAGUAGCUCUGGAGGUAGAGCGGGUGGACUGGUAACCGGAAGGUUGCUGGUUCGAUUCCCGGCUCCUCCUAGCGUCGAGUGUCGAGGGUGACCCUGAGCCUCACCCUGACCGCUCCUGACGAGCCGGCUGUCGCCUCGCGGGGUUGACUCCGACGCCGGUGUGUGAAUGUGGAUGGUUGGUUGUAGGUCGCUUUGGAUGAAAGCGUCAACAAAAUCCCCUAAAUGUAAAUGUGAGACCAGUAGUUUGACAGGGUGGAAGAGGGGCCAGAACAAGCGCACGGAGGCAUGGGCUUCAUAGGACUCUGAACCAGUGCCUCCCUCCUGCCUACUCUCUUUCCCUCGCCUCUAUUUUCUCUUUGAGUGUUUCCCUGCAGCCCUUCUGUUCCCUCUCUCUCUCUCUCUCUGCUGCGUGGGCGAGUCCGGGCUAACUGUGUUCUAUCUGCUGUUACAGCGGGUGGCUCUGAGCUCGGCGGACGAUGACUACCCCUGAGGGGAGAGGAGGAGGAGGAGGUGGAGAGGGGGAGUGUUCAGCGAGCAGCGCGCCACCUCCAUCCCAUCUCCCCCUGCAAUACCUCCCACUGCCACCAGGCCCUCCCUCCACCCCACACACAGAGGCCUCCCGCCCCCACAGCAGAGCGGGGAGAGUGACCCCCCCCCCAAACAAACACCCCCCGGACCCAUACCUACUAAGGAGCAGGGAUCAAGUGUGUAAUCACACGCACACAUACACACUCACCUUAUCUCAACUACGAUUUCUCUCUCAAAUACUGCGACUACUACGUCCCUCACUAUCACCACUAACUGCUGCUAUGGCUACUAAUACUACUACUACUACUAGUACUACUACUACUACCACUGCCCUCUGCUCCAUGCUGCUGGAGUGUGUGUCUGUAGUCUACCCUCCGCUCCUUGACUGAGUUAGUUAAAGUUAAACAAAGUGCUGUGCUGCACAUUGAGAUGGGGGUGGGGGGGGGGGGUACUAAAGACGUCGUCACUGGUACGAUGUUAUGCUCCUGGUAGCUCGGACGAGGAGACAGGGAUCCUCAGCGCAGCCGUCGGGGCAGCUGCACUUUCAGUAUUCUUGCACAAUAGGCUGUGAAUAGACCUGGGCCGCCCGCCCGAGCAGCGCCUGGGUGUGAGUAACACCGGGUGGCUGGCCGAAUCGGGGGGGGAGGGAGAGUGCACCCCCUGGUACGUCUCACACGAUGCUGUAGCAGCCGUCAGAGCACUCAGAGCACCACACCGGUGGGGGCGCUUCGCCACCUUCCAGAGGCACGCGUGAUUCCCGACAUCCCCCAACGGGCAGCACGUCCGGUGCACGCCCCGAUUUAAUUCUCGCCCUGCUAUUGGGCUAGAUACGUUAUCGGUCAAUGGACGCAAUGUGUGAGAGAAAAACUGUGGAAAUAUAAGCUGUCUUGAGUUGUCCACUUUUUAAACCGACAAGCUGCCCCGCCAAUACCAGUGGAUAGAGGAGACUCCCAUUUUGUAUUUUAUUGUUGACUCUAUUUCGUAGUCUUUUUAUUUAUUUUGUUAUUUGUGUGUGUGUGUGUGUGUGUGUGUGUGUGUGUGUGUGUGUGUGUGUGUGUGUGUGUGUGUGUGUGUGUGUGUGUGUGUGUGUGUGUGUGUGUGUGUGUGUGUGUGUGUGUGUGUGUGUGUGUGCGCGCUCUCCCUUGUGAUUGGUAGGAUUGGCCUGAUCAUAAUCCUACUGAUAUUGGCAUCAAUGGAAACUCUUAAACCUGCAGUUGUCAGUGUAAGAUGGCAUUGAUUGUGGAGUCAUUGAACUCCAAUCUGGUUGUUUACCUGACCUUGACCUAGUGGCCGGGCUUUGAACAUGGCAGACUAAGCUUUGUUUAGCACGACGCAGUGCUUUGCGUGGUUUUGUAGAUGUUUGCUGAUUGGUUUUGAAAAGGGACGUAAGUGAAAGACAACCUUUUUAUCCCCAUGGUGACUCAGCUGUAUCGUGUAUAUGAUGAGCAUGCUAGGCACAUCACUGAUCACCAACAGUUUGAACCCAGGAUUCUGUUUACGCUCUGGUACAGAGUUUACGCUGAUGGCUUUUUAGAAACACAACUCGGCACAAUGUCCUGUCCCUGUGGUCGUAGGGAAAGACCUUAGUCAUAGGGAAAGACUUAGUCGUAGAAAAUACAUGUCAUAGAAAAUACAUAAGUCAUAGGAAAAUACAUAAUUAAUAAUGGAAAACGUAAGUCAUAGGGAAAGACAUUAGUCAAAGAAAAUAAAUUAUUCAUAGGGAAAGACAUUUCAUGUCGGUCAUUGAGGGUGUGUGUGUGUGUGUGUGUGUGUGUGUGUGUGUGUGUGUGUGUGUGUGUGUGUGUGUGUGUGUGUGUGUGUGUGUGUGUGUGUGUGUGUGUGUGUGUGUUACGGCUAUAGGCUCAGGAUUGUUGAUCCAUAUUUAUCAUGAUUCCCAUAAACCCUAUCAGGUAUUACAUAUGACAUAUGCAAUAACAUGUCUCAGUAGUGGAUGCUUCUGUAGAUCCAUAACUCAUUAUUUGAUGUGUUUGUACUAUCAACAUAACCAUAAUAAUGGUGAAUAAUUAGUUGUUAAUUUGCCUCGUCAAUCAUCUAGCAUUAUGAAGAAAUUUGAGCAACGAUGGAACAAUUUCCUGUUGAUAAAACAUGAUGAGAUUAGCUUAGCUGUUCUUACCUUCCUAGUGAUUCCAAAUUCUUAUAUUUAUGUGAAACUCACAAAUUACCCAGCAUGCCUUAGUUCCAUAUUACUAUUCUGUGAUCCCCCUCAUAACUCAUUAUUCUACGACAUCACAUCUUCUCUCUGUGUGUGUUUUUUCGUUCCCUGUGUGACUCAGACUUUGAGCCCUGAGCUCCUGCUUGAUGUCUUCUAAUAACAUAUUGCAUAUGCACUAUGCAACACGUAAUGCCAGCAUCUACCAUUCUUGCAUCUAUCAUUGGCUUUAAUUCCAGUUUUCCAUUAACCUUUUCACACAAUUCCACAGUGCGCUCCAGUCCUGUUCCCCUAUAGGAACCUUCCGGUUGGAACAGUAACAAGCUGUUUCUGCGAUGGAUUAAACCUGUUGGUGGCGGCAUUCAUUUUUUUGAUCAGUGCUAAUACAUUUAUUCAUUCAUUUCACUUAUCUCCAGCAUUGAAAUGGACGUUAAUAGACUCAAACACUGGAGCAACCAAACGAAGCCCUUACAUGUUAGCACCACUACCCACCCACCCAACUACCAACCAAUGGAAUCACAACAAGCUCACAUGGGAAAAGGCCUGGAACACGAUUGGCAGUCUGCUUGCAGUAUGGAUGAUGGCCAGCCACUGGCUCUUGACUUUCCCAUUCCAGACCGAAGCAGACCUAUGGAGGAACUGUACGACUCCAGGUCGAUCGGUGAACUAUCUGCCAUCCUACCAGACAUUGAAAGGUUUUAUGACGGACGUUGAGUAUCACAUGACAUUUGUGCAGCUUUGGUUUGUUGUCGUUGUUCAGACCGACGAGAGGGUUCAGGGUUCUUACAGCUGAGUGCUACAGGGGAGACAUGUUGAGGAGGUGGUUUUAUCCUGGUAGAACUUCAAUACUGAUUUAAACCUGGAUUGAGCACAGUCUAAUACAACAAUUGUGAGACACAUUGUACAGAUUUUUAUAAGAGAAUCAUUACAAAAUGCUAACAUAAAAUAUGAUCUGCCAGCAUGUUAUCAGAAGGCUGCUCUUUGAAAAGAGCAAAAAGAAAGCUUCGAUCUGGGGGUCGAUCCGUAGUUGUGUGACCGGCCUUUACGCUGUCUGUUGCACAAAAAACCUUUUCCAAGAGCCCUUCUGCACUGUGUGAAGAGCAACUUCUGGGCCGGUUUUCAUACAGUGAAAAGCUUUUUGAUAAUGUUUUAAAAGUAUCUGCAAACAAACAUUAAACAUGACAGAAGUAGAUCAGCCUCCCAGGGGAUCGGAACAGAAGAGUGUUUCCCUAAAUGAAAUGUAUUUGUACACUGGUUCACUGGAUUUCUUCUUUACUACUUGAUUGUAACUAAAAUAUUGAUAAUAAUCUGCCAAAGGGUUAUUUUAUUUCCUCUUUCCUGUUGUGAGUUUCCUUUUUUUUUAUUAUUCUUAACAGGGGAACAUUGCAUAUGUUUUAGAGAGUUUAUAAAGUAUUUCAUUUUGUUGGAUAGGUUUGAUUUGUGUAUUGUUUUAAAGCGGGGUUUUAAUUUAUCGGUGCCUUGUUUUUGUGGUCCUUUUGAGGUAGGUGACACUUUUUAAUAAUAAAAACUUCUACUUCUCUACUUACAUGGGAUAUCUGUACUGUAUGCCAAAUGGUCUCACUCACAUUUCUAUGAAAGCAAGCUGUUGAUAAAUCUCUAUAUAUUGAUAUAUUAAAUUAAUGAAAACCA